AUGCUCAACUCCUCUGUUGCCUCCAGGGCCCUUCCUGGAAGAUGGGUCGGGAUCAGAGCUCUCGCCACGAACUCUAGAACCCAGUUCCAGCAGAUGCCUUCCCUUAUGAACAAGGAGAACAUCGAGUCUCCAGCCAAGUUGGCCCAGGAUUCUCAUCUACCUAAGGCUAUUCCUGAAGUCAAGGGUAAGAUCCGUCAACCAACCAGCAAACAGCCAUUCUUGUCCGAUAACAGAAUCGAAAAUGACCCUACUUACAGAAUGUCGGGUUGGAAACAAAGCAUAGGUCAGUGGAUCGUCAGAGUGUUCAACAUCGAUAUGGACAGAUCCAGAGCUGGUCCAGUCGCCGGCUCUUUUUACUUUGGCGAAUGUAAACGUCAAGGUAUGUACUACCCAAAUGAGCCGCUUUCCGACACUGCCAGAUUCUUUUACGAGACCUUGGGUCUACCUAAAAGUUUUGCUCAGCACUUCCAGAUUACUGCUUUGCACUACUGGAUUCUUUCUGUCAGAAUGAGAGCUAUGCCUUUUAAGUACGGCAGAAACUACCAGCAAAAGUUGGUUGACAGAAUUUUCAGAGAUAUGGAGCUCAGAAUGUCUGGUGAGUUGAACAUCGCUUCCAACAAGAUCAUUGAGCGUUACUUGAAGGAUUUCCACAAACAGCUUUUGGGUCUUAAUGUGUCUUACGACGAGGGCCUUAUGACUGACGACAUCACAUUUGCAGCAGCUCUUUGGAGAAACAUCUUCUCUGGUAACCCAGAUGCUGACAUGAGACACAUUGAAGCACUUUUGGGAUACGUCAGAUCUCAGCUCUACGUGCUCAACAAGAUGACCGACCGUGAAUUUGGUUUCGGUAACUUCACUUUCGUUCCACCAGACCAGGUGGUCAAGCCCUUGACAAAGACUCAGGAAGCCAAAUUGAAGGAAGCUGCCAAGGCUGAGUUUGCUGAUAAGAAUCUUCCAUCUCAGAGAAGUGUGCUUUCUUUAGACGAAUAA